ACAUGCAUCGUACGUGAUAGGGACUCAACUGCGAUAUAAUGAUAGUGUAAUAUCGUUCCUCCUCAGUUAGAGCGUCUUUUCAAUUUAGCAGCGUUAUGACUUUAAUCGGAAACCUGCUUGUUGCUUGCCUUUUAGUCUUAGGCGCAGUUUUCUGCGACAGUGGAGCUACAGCGCCGCCGGAGCAUGAGACGGCUUGCACCAAACAUUGCCACGAGGAAGAUGGUUAUAUCAAGGAUGAUUCAGGCGAACGUCAGUGGAUCUCAGCUCCAGACGUUGCGCACCAGGAUACGAAAUCAACAUGCCACUGCAAGCCCAGUCCAAAGCUACUGAAGGUUUUAACAAAAAUGAAGAAUAUUGCUCGAUUUGUAACGCCGUUGAAUAAACAGACCGUGCGGGCAAUCCGGGAUGCUUUGCGCCAAAACGGUAUCAAAAUUGAAGGCUCAAAGGCAACCAAACAUGGAGGGUUAGAGACUCUGGAGCAACCAUCAUCUAAACAUGGCCGAAAGCGGGAGCAUGUGUCCAAGUUUAUUCUAGGCGAUGAACCACAUAAACUUGACCUGAACAAACAGCCAUGAGUGAAGAAGUACGUGCCACUAUCUCGACUUAGAGAUAUAGCGAAGGAAGAAAAUUGCAA